GCGACUCAAACCAAAGGCACUGGGAAAUGUUUGUGUAUUUAAAUGGCGCAUCAUUCACCUGUGCUUUGUUGCUUUAAGUAUAUUUUGAAAUCCGGAAACGCGGGCAUUCGUUGUGGUUGUACCUUGACGGACAUCUUGUUUAGUCCGCAGGUCGUUUUAUUGAUACGAGAUGACGGAGAUGAGCUGGGCGGUGCGGUUAUCACUGAUGGGUCUUGUGGUGGCCCUGCAACCAGGCGGUGCUCCGGCCCGCAGUGUCCCCGGUGUCGGCCAGGUGUCUGAGGCCGACAUCCAGCGUCUCCUGCACGGGGUCAUGGAGCAGCUGGGCAUCGCUCGGCCCAGGGUGGAAUAUCCGGCCCACCAGGCCACCAACAUCGUAGGACCGCAGAGCAUCCAGGGUGGUGCUCAUGAGGGGCUGCAGCACCUUGGUCCUUAUGGCAACAUUCCUAACAUUGUGGCUGAGCUGGCAGGUGACAACGUUCCCAAGGACUUCAGUGACGAUCACAGCUACCCGGACCCUCCGAACCCUUGUCCUUUAGGAAAGACAGCAACAGACGGGUGUAUGGAAAAUGCUCCAGACACGGCUGAGUUCAGUCGGGAGUUCCAAAAGCACCGACACCUAUAUGACCACGGAAAUGAGUACCCGGCUCUGAUGAAGUGGAAUAAGGAACUUCUGUACCAAAAACUAAAGGGAGGACCAAAGCGGAGUAAAAGGAGUGCCAACCCAUACCUGAUGGGCCAGAGGCUGGACAGCGUGGUGGCCAAGAAAUCAGUUCCCGACUUCUCGUCGGAGGAGGAGAAGCAUGUGGCGUCAACCAUGCCUCCAAGCACCAAAUCCGCAAUUUAAAACAGCAUUUAUCACAUUCAUGUGAUAUUUUAUUUUUUGGGUUACCACUAAAGCAGUCAAACAUUUUCUGCAAUGUGUUUGUUGAAUAGGAGAGCAUUUAUAUUCAAAUAUCAUUUAUAUAAAUGCAAAUAUCACUUUAGUAUUUAUACAAGACAAAUAUUAACUUAUUGGGGUAUUAUCUUUCACUGCUUGAGUGCUCAAAAGAUCAGAUUAUUUCCAUAAUUACUCUCAAAUAUGUCUUUAAUGGUUCAUUACAUAACAAAUCAUAUUUCCACGUUGCUUUGUUAUGCACACUUAAUCCCAGCACUUUGUUGUGCAAGUCAAUCCUACUGUUGCAAUAUGUUGUAACAAAAAUCUGUAUUUUCUUU